AUGCCCCUAUUCAAGAAAUCCAAGGCGCCUGCGAAUCAGCCAAGUCGCUUUUCCGCCCGCUCUGUCGAGAAUCUGGUCCACCCCGCGCUGACUCCACCGGACCACAACUCCAACUACGUGGACCGCCACCCUUCAGAUCACCGCCUCACCUACGAGGCAUCCUCCGGCCCUCCAUCAACUCAAAACCUGGCUCAACCGUCAUUGCGUCGCGCUCAGAGCCUACGUCAGCAACAACAGCAGCAGCAACCACAGCGCGACCGACAGAACCCUGAGGAUUCACAGCCUCGUCGGAAAAAGGCCGGGGGCAUAUUUCAGCGCCCAACCUCCGGCUUUAUUGAUCGCAAUUCCUCCGUCAAAGGGAUCAGACAGGUUUCGCAGCCCCUCUCGCAGCCAAGCUCCCCCCGACACGCCCCACCCUUCGAUACGCAAGAUCAACAUCAGAACAUAUACCCAGAGGACGAGUCUCCAACAGACCCGCCCGCUUAUGAACCGCGGUCGGCAUCACUAGCCUACCAGCAGCAGCACCUACAACACUCUCAACGAUCCCUGCAUCAAUCCCACCCUUCCGUCAGUAGUGAUAUCCAGGAUUGGACACAACAGUCAGAACCACAACAGGGACAGCUCCUUAUUCCCCCAGGGCUCGAACGCACCAAUACCGAUCCAACGUUGGUCCAGCAAUACGGCCGACCCUCACCGACUGAGCGAACCCCGGAUUCUCCACGCUACCUCCCUGACCACGGCCACCGGGGUCCGACGCUGUCUCGCCCUGAGCACGAUCUGGUAUUAAAUACUUCCCGGCCCCCUUCCCGGCAGACUUACGAGUCCCUUUCCCCAAGUCGUCAGCAAAACCCUCCUGACGCCAUGCAGCAGGCCUCACAGGCGACACCACAGGCCCAAUCCACUGAUCGAUCGGGGCAAGAGCGCAGGGGAAGCACCGCCCAGAACAUGCCAACAGAACACACCCGGAACACGCCAGCUGGGCCACGGACGCGCGAUGACUUGGAGAACCUUGAUGUUCGGGCAUUGAUUCAGAAACAUGAUGAACUACAGAGUAAAUACUCCAAGGUGAAGCGUUACUAUUUCGAGAAGGAGGCACAGGUUCAGCAUCUCCAGAACACCGUCGCACACCAACGGAUGGCUGUUUCUCGCACUGUGCUCGAUGACAAUGAAUAUACAAACCGAUUCCAGCGACUGGACGGAGCCAUCAAGGACCUAGCAUUCUCCGUGCGGAAGGACUGGCGGAUCAUUCCCACAUGGCUGCAUGGUCUUGUAACGGACGAUGCCCUGACGGUGGGAACAAAAGAAAUGAUGGCGUUAGGACGUGCAGUAGUCAGUCGCUGGUUGAUGGAAGAGGUAUUCCAACGGCACUUUCAUCCAGGGCUGGACCCUGGUCUGAGUAUUCAACUGAAGUCGAUCGAGAUGAACCUGCGACGACAGCAGAUGCGACCAGUCACAGACGAGGACCGUGAAAAUGCCAUUGCCAAACUCUCCAACUGGCGCCGCACUACCUUCGACGGUCUAGGUGAUACCCUGGCGAACCCCACCGCCCAGGAGCACCGCGCCGAAUUGAUCGAGCAUUUGACUGUGGAGCUAGCUACCUUCCUCAGCACACAGCUGCAAGACCAAGCACUCCCAGGACUGGAGGCCGGUGUGCGUAUGAUCAUCGAGAACACCAUCAACAUCAUCGAAAAGAUACCGCUAGAGGCCCGUGAUGUCUGCGUCGAGUACUUCCCACCCAACAUCUCCUUCCACGAUAACUACAUGAAGGUUGAAGGUCAACUGCCACCACUCACGCACCAACCCCCUCCGCCAGCGGAUCUGGAAGUCGACGAUGAAGGCGAUUCUUCGCCGGCCUCGAACUCCACGGGACCUUGCGCAGACGGGGCACCCCCGCCCCACGCGAACCUCGGAGAAGCGGGUGGAGAAAAGACAGAGCAGGCUGAGCCAUCUCGCAUCCGCUUCGCCUCAUUCCUCACCGUCGAAGUACGCGGCAAGGGACCUGCGACUGUCCUGAUUAAAGCGCCGGUAUGGCUGAUCGAGUGA